CUACGUUGAAGUGUACGUUUUUUUUUAACGCGACUCCCGCGCAAAUGAGUUGGGGAGGGGAAGAGAGGUGGAAAGAUUGAAGAACAUGGCCGAGUCCAACACUCGAUCCUCGCUCGUUCAGCUCGGCGCCAUGGUUAGCAUCUCUCUUUCGGUAGCUAGAUAGAGCAUGAACUCCUAAAUCCCUUCUGUCUUCUCGCUUCCUUUCCUCUUGCCGUGGCGUGGUCGACCCCGUCUUUCACUUUUUCGCCGGCUCCUCGAGCAUCACCUGCUCGACGAAAUGCCCAUGUGAAGCGCGAAUGGGAAAUGUCUUCGUGGCCCAGUCCGUCGCCGCUUCAGAUUUCAUGGGCAUUUUUUGUUUAAUCUGGUUAUACGCUGUCGCACAUGUAACAUGCCUCUACUAUGAUUCAUUGUUUCUUGUGGAGUGAAAAUGAUUGCGGGAGCAAAGAAGCUGUGCAGGUCUUCUCUUCAUUUUAGCAGCCUCGUCUACAACUUUUCUCCAGUACGGUCAGUCUCUUCAUUGCAAAGUUUCGAGGAAGCCUUGAAAGCUGCCAUUCAAACCAAAAACUACCAGCAUAUCCCAGACCUUCUCAAUUCUUCCCAAGACCAAAAUCCAAAACUCUUAUCUUUUCUAUCGGAUUUCCCCCGGAACGACAGAACCCAAAUAAUAGAUGAUAUUUUACAGUCUUUUGUCCCUCUCAGACCUCGUUCUAGGCUGCGGACUGCAUACUCCUGCCUCCUUUGUUACACCCUUCAAAGUCCUGAUCCCUUUCCUCUUGCUCUUAGCAUCCUUCAACGUACCCUUCGCUCCGGCUGCAGUCCUGCUCCCCAAGCCCGUUUGUUCCUCUCUUCCGCAUGGUUGGAACAGCUAUCCCAAUCUCGUUCUGUAGCUGAUAUUUUGUUAGAUAUGAGAUUAAUUGGGUACAGUCCGGAUACGGGCACUUGCAAUUUUGUUAUAUCAUCUCUUUGUGCCGUUGAUCAAUUAGGAGAAGCAAUUAAAGUCCUGAAGGGAAUGACUCGGGCUGGUUGUGUUCCUGAUUUGGAUAGCUACGGUGCAGUAAUUGGUGCAUUGUGCUCCGCCAGAAGGACUCCCGAUGCUGUAGAAAUGUUGAAACAAAUGGUGAAAGUUGGGCUGACACCUAGGCAAGACACAGUGGUAAAAAUGCUAGCGACGUUGCGUGCGACUAAAGAGAUUCGGAAAGCAGUUGAGACUAUCGAGUUCUUGGAGAAGGAAAAUUACCCUCUCAGAUUUGAAUCGUAUGAAAGGCUGGUAGAGGGAUGCUUGGAGUGCCAUGAACAUGUUUUAGCAGGAAAAGCAGUGAUGGCAAUGACGGCCAGAGGCUUUAUUCCUUACAUUGGCAUAAGGCAAAAGGUAGUUGAAGGUUUAGCUGCUUGUGGGGAGAUGGACCUCGUUUGUGCUGUGAGACAAAGAUUUGUAGAGCUGAGAUCGUAAUGCCUUCUGAUGGGAGUGAGUGCAUAUUUCAUUUGCCAUUUUGACAUUGGCACAGUCUUUGUCUUCUUUUUUGGCUGCAUAGAUCCAAUAUUACGGCAAUUGCUGUUAUAUUCUCUUCAGAUAGUCAACAACGGAAGGCAGGCACCCUCUUUCAGCUGUAUUAAUUUGCAGUGUAUCCUAAUGCGGCUUGGCAAAUCUGUAGUUUCUUGAUAACAUACAUGCCUAUUUGCAACUUCAAAAUUAUACAGGAAACUAUUGUAAAGAGCGGGGCUGAAAUUUUAGAGAAGAAUAAAGUCUUUCCCUCUCUCUGGCAAGUAAGUCGCAAACUUGAAGUAUUGUCUGGUGAUUAACUGUUUAUUUGGAGUCAUGCCAUUGGAAAGAAGUAGAUUUUCAAAGAGACACGGGUUACAACUGAAUGGCACGGCAACUACAGUGCAGGAAAAGAUCAGGAAUGCACCUGCUCAGCUAGACGACUCUUGACAGUUUCCCUGCUUGUCUCCUAAGUUUGCUGGCUGGUUUAGGUUCGAUAUCAGAAUAAUAUUCGACUGAAGAAAAAGAAGCUGAAUUGGUCAUUGUGUAGUUAAAGCGAGCAUGGAGAGCAUUUAACAAGGCCAUUGAUUUGUAGGACGAUUCAGUUCUUACCUCAUGCAUGAGCAACAUCUGUUAUCCAGCCGAGGGUUACAAAGUUGUGCAUAUUGAAUACCAGAUAGAGCUCGCAUGCCUGUUACGUAAAAGAGAAGAACUAGAAUCGAAUCGGUGAGAAUUGGUUUCACCUGAUGAAAAUAAAUCAGCACCGUGCUCUGGAUUCGCUCGAGAUAAAAAAAAAAAAGGCUUACAUUUCCGAAGUAUCUGUGUAAUAUCAAGAUAUAAUGGUGGAUUAUAUCCGGAACCUCCAGUUCAUUGU